CAGACAUGCAGGUACAAUCCAAGUUCACACUACAUGCGUUUCCAUUGCUUUUUUUCUGCAUCCAAAAUGAACAGAAAGUAGGUUAUAUGGUUGUCAAUGUCAUAGUUCACAUCAGUGCUUGCCAUUCCAGUGCAUUCCGGUUGCAGAAAAAAAAAUUAGAACAUGCUACAUUUUUCCUGCACAGACCUGUACUGGAACGCAUCAUAAGCGCACCAGAACAUACCAAAAACACACUGGAAUGCACAUGUCCCUAUUUGAAUUGAAGAAAAAGAGAGGGGGGGAGAACUGAAAUGCAUAAAAA